AUGGAUCAGAGACCAAGUGCCGAACAAGACUACGGGAUUCCAGGAUUCGGAGGUCUUGUCACAAUCGCCAUAGACCUGCUGGUUCGACUCUGGAUUCCGAUCAGUGCUGUAGAUCCUUCCAAAGUACCACCCACCGAACCGUCUCAUCAUACGCAACCAGCUCAGCAGAGGCCCCCAGAAUCUGUUCAUAACGGUCAUUUCAGUGGGGAACCAUUGGUAUAUGAAUCGCACAACGCACUCAUGGCCCAUCAUGAGUAUGCAAUGCGACAUCUGGUAACCACACUCGCCCAAUUAACGGCACCAUCUCAGUGCGUUCUCGCCACUGCUCUUUGCUACCUUCGUGGCCUACGAGAAACGAUCAUCCACGAGCGCGUCCAAGAGUACCUUGAAAUAAAGACGAAGGUCGAGGCGUUCGAAGGAGCGAACCGUGAUGGCGAAGUUGAUAAGCGCGAGAUGAGUGAACAAGGCGAAGAGGUGGCUGUAGAUGAAAAUGAAUACAAGACGGACACACUUUCGGGAUACCGCGGACGCGAUGAAUCUGCGACACCUCGCACAAAGAACAGCAUCUCGACAAAUCACACAUCCAAUGAGCCUUCCACCCGCACGACACGUGUCCCACUUGGCCCACUCAUCAUACCCAGAUGUCAAGGAGUCCGCAGACGUAUCUUUUUAUGUCCUUAUCGAACUUUCGUGGCGACUUUGAUGGUCGCUUGGAAAUUCGUAGAGGACCACAAUUACCACAAUAGAGCGUGGGCAGAAAUUACUGGGUUCUCGCUCCAGGAGAUAAUGGAGAACGAAAUGACUGUGAUGGAAACCCUCGAUUGGAGACUUUGGGUCGGCAAACCACACGCUACCUCCGUCCCACCUCCGAAUCGGUCCAUUGACAUCGAAGGCCCUUCUACAUCCAGUAAUAGGAACUCCUCGGAUGUUCCGUCAUUUUCCAACUCGAACCAGGAGUUCAAAGAGGAUGCAUCGAACAUCCGCUGA